CAAAGGAUUUGAACGGAAACCCCAGAGGGAAAACUAAAGUCCACGGACAGAUACAGUAUGAACAUGAUGCCAACGAGCAGAGAUGGGAAGAACGUGGACCUGUCCAGGCUGACAGACGAGGAGGCGAAACAUGUCUGGCAAGUCAUACAAAGAGACUUCAACUUACGCAAAAAAGAGGAAAACAGGCUUGGAGAGUUGAAGACAAAAAUCGAAAAGGAGGAGAGCAAAACAGAGCUGCUAGGGUCCCAGUCCAAUCUGUCUGAAUCGAUCUGCAUACGAUGCCUUCAACCCUUCAAGUUUCUAGUGAACAGCAAACGUCAGUGCCUGGACUGCCACCUCUUCACUUGUAAAGCCUGCAGCCGUUACAACAAGAAAGAGUGUGGCUGGGUGUGUGAUCCGUGUCGCAUGGCCAGAGUUUUAAAGAUCGGCACACUGGAAUGGUACCAUGAAAAUGUGCGUUCGCGCUUCAAGCGCUUCGGCAGUGCGAAAGUAAUGAAAUCCCUGUGCAAGAGACUAAGUUCUGAACGGACCCGCUCUGAGACUGACCUUAGGGAGCCUCGUGAUGAUGAUACUCACAGUAUGCCGGAAGUCUACGGGAGGUCAUAUGGCCAUGAAGACGAUCACUCAGAUACUCUGGAAAGGGGAUCCAGCAAACUGAAGAGGAAAUCCAAACGUCUGCUUCCUGUAGACCCUGUUCAUUUUGAUUCAGAUUACUCAGCAUACUCCAGACGCCACUCAUUCCAGGACAAUGGGAGCUUGGAGAAUCUGGCGCCUCCUGAGUCAGCGAAUGUGGAGAAGGACUUGGCAUCAGUCUUCCAGCAGAUCCAGAACUGCUUCGGCCCUGGCUCGGACUAUGAUAGUCGAUGGGAACGGGAGAGAAUUACACACUUUGAUGAUGGCGUGUAUCCUGAGCACAGGAAAAAGCGUGCACAAUCUCACGUGAAGCACAGGCACUCGUACUGCGGAAGCUACUUUCCGUUUUAUGAGCGAUCCCAGAGUCUAGACAACGCGUCCGAAGAGGAGGACAACGAUUACCUGUACCAGCCCCUCACCCACCGCAGCAGCCAGGCGUCCCUGGAGGAGGACCUGGGCCCUGUGCCUCCUGAACAGAUUUGUGAGCUCAACAAUCGCAUGUCUGCCAUCGAGAGUCUUCUCAACCGUCUGGAACAUAAGAUGACAAAAGACAUACCCCCGGUGCCAGUACAGCCGACCGCUGAAGAUCUGGAAGAGGCGAAGCUGAGAAAGAAGCUGAAUGAGUUGACCGGCAACAUCAGUGAUAAAGGCCUUUCCUCAGAUGAGGAUGAGUUCAAGAAUCUUGAGUAUGAUCCACCCCGAAAGACAGAGUCUCCCCGUAUGGUGGAAUCUCCGAUAAGGGCUGAGUCCCCUAGAAGGGGGCAAAAGAUGGAGUCUCCACGUAGGAUGGAAUCUCUACGGAAGCCGGAACCUCCGAAGAAGGUUGAAUCUCCACGUAGGAAUGGUUCGCCAAGAAAAAAGGAAUCCCCCCAAAAGACAGAGCCUUAUAAGUCUUGCCUGAAGAUGGACUGGUCAGUCGAGCUGGCCCACCCACUGAAGGAGAGCAGCAAGCGGAGACGCAGCAGCGCCACCGCACAGUUUCAACUCGCUGACCUCGAGGACCAGGUGGCUCUGGCCGCGGCCAAAGUCCAGAACACUGAGAGUGAGAUGUCUGACAUCCAGAGCAGGAUGGCUGUGCUGAGUGUUGGUGGUCCAGAGAAGCCCUGGAGGAGGACCCAAGAGAACAGACGGCUCUCCCAAGAUUUUCCAACGAGUAAGAAACCCAAUGCACAUUUUGUAACAUUCAGAUUUUAG